AUGGAACAACACUUUUAUGUUUUGAGUGAAUCUGACAUAAAGCGCCUUCAAGAUGCUGACAUCAAUCAUCUUUCAUCAAUUCUCUUUGUAUCAAGACCAGUUGCAUGUCUUUUACUCUCCCAUUACAAUUGGAAUGUCACUCAAGCUUCAGAAUCAUGGUUUGAUAACCAACAAAAAGUUCGAAAUGCCAUAGGCUUAUCGAACGAAACCCACAUAGAAUUAGGGCUUGCCUACUCAUCACAUACUCUCAUUUGUGGUAUUUGCUUAGAAAUCUUUUCUAGCGAAGCGAUUAGAUCAUCAUGGUGUCGUCAUUCAUUUUGCAUCAAUUGCUGGAAUCAAUACGUUGAUACCCAUAUCGAUGAUCAUAACUGCUUCAAACUCAAAUGCCCUGAGCCUUCUUGUAAUGCAGCUGUAGAUGAAGACAUGAUUCAACAAUUAGCAAGUGAGUCAAGAAAGAUUAAAUACGAUCAAUUUUUCUUUCGUUCUUAUGUUGAAAACAACAAUAACAUGAAAUUGAAGUGGUGUCCUGCUCCAGAUUGUUGUAAUGCUAUAAGUUAUGAAUUACCAUAUCAUCACGGUUCAAGUAGUUCUAGAAUAAAUUAUGAUGUUACAUGUCUUUGUUAUCAUAGCUUUUGUUGGAAUUGUGGUGAAGAAGCUCACACACCUGUUGAUUGUGAAAUUGUUGCUAAAUGGAUGAAGAAGACGAGUUCUGAAUUUAAGAUCACUACUAAUGGCUGGAUUAUUGCUAACACAAAAAGAUGCCCUAAAUGUAAGACACCAAUUGAGAAAAACAAUGGAUGUAAUCAUAUGUCAUGCAAAUGUGGGAUCCAAUUUUGCUGGCUAUGUCUCCGCGAUUUCUCUAAUUGUCGUGAUGGUGUCAAUUGCGCGCAAGUUCAGGAAUUUCAAGAGUUAUUUGGAGAUGAAAUGCAAAGAAACCAUGCAAAAAAUCAUUUGGAUAGGUACACUUACUACCAUCAAGGUUGGGCAAACAAUGAAAUUUCAAGAAAAAAGUCUGGAACUAAUUUCGGUAAUUUCAUGGUAAAGGAUGCAUUGAAACACAUAGUUGAAUGCAGAAGAAUUCUCAGAUGGAGUUAUGUAUAUGGAUACUAUCUUCCCGAGGAUGAAAAUGCUAAGAUUGAGUUUUUUGAUCACAUCCAAAGCAUAGCUCAAGUUGUUUUGGAUAGGCUUCAUCAUUUUGCAGAAAAUGGAUUAAGAAAGCAACUUCUACAUAAUGGGUCCGAGGAAGAAUUUUGUGAUUUUCGGACGAAGCUAACCACUAGGGCUCGGGUGGCUAAAAGUUAUGGCAUUCUCGUGGCAAUUGUUGCUUCGACGUCUUCCUACAAGAAGGAAUUUGGUCAAUUUGGGAAUGGGGGUGGAAUUGUCGUGCAUGUGAAUUGUGAUGAAGAAGCUCAUACACCUGUGGAUUGUGAAACUGUUGCUAAAUGGAUGAAAAAUAUUAGUUCCGAAUUUAAGAUCACUACUAGUGGUUGGAUUGUUGCCAACACAAAACCAUGUCCUGAAUCAUAUGACAUGCAAAUGUGGGUUCCAAUUUUGCUGGUUAUGUCUCCACUCUCCGUGUAUUUGCAACGGUUCCAAUCGCUUACAACAAGUUCAGGAAUUUCAAGAGAUAUUUGGAAAUGA